AUGGAUUCGUUUGAAAAAGGAGAGGAUCUACGACGGGGUCAAGAGCAGCUGGAAUGUGAGCAAACGUGGAAUUUGGUAUUUAUCUUAUCAGUCGUUCUAGCCGUCGUUUUCGGCAUUCUGUUGAUUCUCUACUGUAUUAUGUAUCGAAAACAUAUCAAAUUCCUACUGAUCGGACCACCACCCGAAAUUGUAAGUUCCGCUGCAUCUAUCGCUCGAAUUUCUUCACGUUUUAACGUUUCUACUUAA